UGGCGCUCUUCAUCCAGGAACAGUUGAGUCAGCUGACAGCAGCACUGCGCAUGUCCUGUUACAUAUCCAGGUCUACAGUAGCAGAUCUAAACAAGAUCAUCUGUUCUUCAGAGCGUCACUACAGUAGUUAUUGAAGAAAAUCUUACUGAAAUUGGUGAAACACACAUUGCACUGCGUUGUCGUGCUCUGAUUUUACUUGCAGGUUUUGUGCAACAUGAACAAGUGAAUACGGGACCCGAGGGCUCACUUGUCAAGUUGUUUCAUUUAUUGUUCGAUUACUGUCUACAAGGCAAGUAUUGUAUAUUCAUGGCACACACUUUCUAACAAGAAAUGUGAUGUAAAAUCCUCGUCAAAAUAUAUGUGUCAUUGACAUUAAUCGAGAAGUUAACUUAUCUUACUGCCAGUGUGUGUUUACAUCAGCCCUUAACCGAGUUUGAACUUUGGACUUAGCUAAUUGUACGUUUGCAUAAUGGAUAAUUCAGCCUGAAAAAUGUCAGAUAAAAUAUAAGUACACCAGAGUCAUUAGAACAGAUUGUAAUUUUGAUAACAGCUGAUGACAUUUGACAGAUAUCCAGAAUGUAUGUAGCCUACUUGUGGUCGAGCAAGCAUGACGGUGUAUGCAUUAGUGGCUGUAUGCAUUGAAACAGUUUGUGUAACAAUCACUUAUCCUAUAUUCGGCAUGGGAACAGCAACAGCAUGGCAGCAUCCAAACCCUGAUGAAAUGAUGCAAAACAAUUCACGUGUGCGUCAUACAAUAGCACCCUUUUUGUUGUAAUCUACUUUGUGUCUAAAGUAUACACCCAACCAACCCCUACUGCCCGGUGGGAAAUCUCUUCCUGCCACAGGGCUGGCCGGCCAGCUGUCCAGACUUCAGUGUAAAAACACGUAAUUUAAACCAAAUAUGGUCACUCCUGAGUGAAAACCCCACUGAUGCUCCUUCUCCAGCCCAUGUCCGGUUUCUUGCUUGUCUGUCGCAGGGCGAUGGCUCCCAGUGCCUUGGGGAAACAUCUGGUUGCCUGUCUUCUCAACGUGUCCGAGGCGCGCAGAAAAGACCUGGUCGAAACCGUCGCCCGGGCGGCCAUAUUUGAUUGCCAGGGUGUGAGAAGAGAGGGAACCACCGUCUUAAACAUCUUCAACGAUCACGACUACAACAGAUCUGUCAUCACCAUCGUGGCCACCAUCGACACCAUCAGAGAGUCGGUCCUGUCAGCGUGCGAGCGGGCGUGCGGGCUGAUUGACGUGAGCGCCCCCGCGGGCUCACACCCUUGCAUGGGGGCAGUGGACCUGGUGCCCCUGUACCCCCUGGGAGAGGAGGUGGGGGUGGAGCGCUGUGCCAAGGAGGCAAGAGCGGUGGCUGAGAGUCUGACGAGGCGCGUCACAGGGACCAGUGUGUUCCUGUUCGGCUGGGCCGACGCGCCCCAGAACCGGGGCCUGGCCCAGAGGCGCAGGGAGAUGGGCUGGUUCAGGAGGAGUGCUGACAUGGCUGCUGUAAGACCGGACCUGGGACCCAGCCCUCAGACACGCUACGGAAUCACAGGGGUCGGCAGCAGCCCGUACGUCAUGAACUGCAACGUCACCAUCGACACCCAGGACCUGGCUCUGGGGCGCGCCGUCGCCGCGGCGAUAAGGGAGUCCACCCCAGGUGGGAUCCCGGGGGUGCAGGUCCUGGCCCUGCCUCACGAGGGCGCCGUGGAGAUCGCCUGCAACGUGGAGAGCGUCCGGGGCAGCCCUCCCUGCCCCAGCGGAGCCGAGGGGGACCCCUGGCCCUCCUUCUGCCUGGGGGGGCAGCCGUACUGCCACGCCCCGGCCUCACUCAUCACCUCCAGGGUGUCAGAGCUGGCUGCCCAGCGGGGGGUGGGCACCAGGGGCACGGCCCUGGUGGGGUUCACCCCCCGGGAGUGCAGGGACCUGGCUGAGACGGCUCUGGCGCUGGGCGUCGCUGAAUUCUGGAAAGAACCGCACAGGAUACGCAUGUAACGGUUUGGAAAAUACUUGGAUCAAAUGGUUCAGUGUUAUUCCAGCCCGUGGGAUUGGGGUUUUGGAGGAUAGACGUUUUGGGGGGAGUUUGUUCUCUUGCUAGUGUACAUGGUGUGAAUUGCCAAAGCUUAUAUGCAUCAUUCAGCUUUAUUAGAUAUGUGGGAUGUGGAUUUUAUGAUUGAGAGUCUAGACCAUUAAAUGGAAUAAUGCAGCUGACUUCAUCGACAAGUUGGCAUCAAGAAUGUACAGUAGUUAGUCAGAAUUACUUUUCAAAGUAAAUGAAAAUAUAGAAAAAAGAUUUAACAGUAAUUGUUCACAGUGCCAUAAAGGAGUCUGCCUUCAGUAUCGGCAGGAGCCUCUGUUCCUCUUUCAAAGUAACUGAUGAAUAUUUCGAUUUUUGUAAUUUCUGUAUACUUACGUUCGUAAUAACAAUGAAUGUAUUAAAAUACACAUAUAUUAA